CGUGUGCCUUAUCAGUAUGAUGCCUUUGUCUCCUACAAUGCCCAUGAUGAGCUCUGGGUUCUGAAGGAGCUGCUGCCAGAGCUGGAGGGAGAGCAGGGCUGGAGACUGUGUGCCACACCGGGACUUCCAGCCAUGUAGUUGUGUGUGUGUGGUGGGGGGGGAGGGGGACACAUUGAAAACCCCGAAAAUAACGGUAUACAUUUUACAUGAUGGAUAUGUGAUUCACCUCCAGCCAGAUUCAGGAAAUUUGACAGUAGUGACACAGACACUGUAUUUACCAAGGAUUGGUUUGCAACUGUAUUCCACAGGCAAACUCAUCACGGACAACAUCACAGAUGCCAUCUACGGGAGCAGAAAGACCAUCUGUGUGAUCAGCCGUCGUUACCUGGAGAGCGAGUGGUGCUCCAGAGAGAUCCAGGUGGUGAGGUGGGUCUAAUGUCCUAAUCAGACUGGGGUGACUCGAACAGGUAUCAAAUACAGCAAAUGGAUAUUUAAACCCUGGGUUGUAUGUUACUCGAGACUGCGUUAGCAAACUGUCUUAUGGGGUUACUCUCUUUUCUUAGCACACACAAACACACCUAACUUACUUUUACUCUCGCCUCUGGUCUCUCCAUCUUCCGUCUGUUUGAUGAGCAGAAGGACGUGUUGAUCCUGAUGUUUCUGGAGGAGAUCCCAGCCGAGCAGCUCUCUCCGUACCACCACAUGAGGAAGCUGCUGAAGAGACGCACCUACUUGAACUGGCCCAGUGCUGGGGAGCACACCGGAGUCUUCUGA